AUGGUCUUGAGCUCUAUCUUCGUCAACUCCCCUGAGUAUGAGGCCCGACGCCGCACGAUCUUCACGUUACCCAAGGUCACACUAGCAGAGAUACAUUCUGCAGUACCCAAACACCUGUUCGAAAAGUCAACCGCGACUGGCUUAUACUAUGUUCUGCGCUCUGUGACCUGGACCGUCGUCUUUUAUCGACUUGCACGCCUUAUACCCCUAGCAGCUAGCUACCUCGUCAGCUUGGGGGUUCACCCCUCGCUGGUCCAUGCCGCGCGCGCCAUGUUCUGGAUUGCAUACUGGUGGUGGCAGGGCGUUGCCUUUGCUGGUCUGUGGUGCUUGGGUCACGAAGCUGGUCAUGGAACGAUCUCGGAUAUUAACUGGGUGAACACUGCGAUAGGCUUUGUCCUUCAUACAUUCCUCCUGGUACCUUAUUACUCAUGGAGAGCGACCCAUCAUGCUCAUCACAAAACAGUUGGCUCGGUCGAACGCGAAGAGAACUAUGUUCCUCGGACCCGCUCUGAUUAUGCUCUGCCGGCUGAGAACAUUGCUCAUGUCACGGACUACCACGAUGUGUUCGAAGAAACGCCAAUCUACACCCUUGGACGCAUGGUCCUCAUGCAGUUGCUCGGCUGGCAAGCAUACCUGUGCUUCAAUACGCUGGGUUCACCCUCAUAUCCCGAGGGCACGAAUCACUUCUCUACGAGCUCGCCUCUAUUCAAGGACUAUCAGCGCCGCGGGGUGGCGAUCUCCAACCUCGGUCUUACCAUCAUGUCCUGCCUUCUCAUCGAAUACUCGCGCGCGGUAGGCGGGUGGGCCUUCUUCAAACUCUACUUCGUACCAUACCUCCUCGCGAACCAUUGGAUCGUGAUGCUCACGUUCUUGCAUCACACGGACCCGACCCUUCCUCACUAUCGCGAGAAGCAAUGGACGUGGCUGCGCGGCGCUCUCGCUACCGUUGACCGGCCGCUACUCGGUUGGGUUGGACGACACUUCCUACACAAUGUCAGCCACGAUCACGUCUCGCACCAUCUCUUCUCGACUAUCCCGUUCUAUAACCAGCCUCAGGUGACUGAGAUCCUAAAGGGUAUCCUGAAGAAGGACUACAACUACGACUCUACGAACUCAUUCAGAGCGCUGUGGAGGUCAUUCACAGAGUGCAUCUUCAUUGAGGACGAUGGAGACGUCGUCUUUUACAAGAACAGGUCAGGUGAAGCAGCCCGCGAGCACGCAGUCGAGCCUGUAUCGAAGUCGUCAAAGGGGAUAUGA